AUGAAUUCGAUCGAACAGCUUCACUUUAACAACCGCCUUGAAAUAUGCGGAAUCCAACUAAAUGAGAAGGAAGACCCGAUGGCAGUCACCAAGCAGAUCUGCGAGAAGUUGAAGCUAAACGCUGAGGAUAUAAUGGCAGCACAGACUAAGAUAUCCCGUGCACCGGCUGCAAAGAAGAGGAACCCGCCGACCGUGCUGGUGACGCUGCGCGAAGGUCGCCGCGACGGAUGGAUGGAGUCGUCGAGAGCCGCCACGCUGACCAACGCCGAGCUGGCCCGCGAGGGAGGCAGGAUCUUCCUGCGCGAGGCCCUCACCCCGGCUACGAGCUUUCUUCUAUGGAAGGCUAAGACGGAACUUAGGGAAUCCAACAUGUAUAAAUUUGUGUGGUGCAAAAAUGGUGUGGUGCUAAUAAGAAAAAGUGAAAAUGAUAAAAUCCAAUCAGUGAGAUCUGUGAGUGAUAUUGAAAAGUUCAAGAAUGAUGGGAAACCUAAGCCUGCGUGCUAG